AUGGACUCGGUGGCUUUCGGCACCAUUGUGGGCUGCAGGGUGGAAACUCGGCCGUUCUGUCGGCCAUUUUUUGCUGCUCACUGCUCACUGCUCUGGCGACGGGGAUCCGGCACUCCGCCGCGAGUCGACCGCGACGGCGCGCUGAUUGGCUGUUUGCAGGAGAUGCUGCCCAAAACGGCAUCUGUCACUGGGUCGCCCCAGGGCCAUUGUUGGCCCCCAGCGGCCCUUGCGCUUUUGCCGACGUUGAAGCGGUCGCGCUACCUGGACCAAGAGGGCUGGAGUCUAGAGAUUGCAAGCCUGGGUGAAGCUGCCGGUCCCGCCGAGCACGGAAAGACGGGCGUCGUUGUCCCUCCGUGUCGUACAGACCUCGUGACCGUAACGCAUGAGCACGUUACGGCAGGCCUGAGGCCAUACUACGAUCCCAUUGGCUCCAACAAGAGACUGUUCAAUGCACUGGCGACAGGGAAUAUUCGGAUGGCGGUCGGCGAAAUAUAUCGCUGGCUCACCUCCAUACCCCAGGACUUUGAACUCUUGCAGCCACGCGAGAACUGCUUCCCCAAUCCGGGGUAUCCGGCCGUUUAG